UUCGAAUCAAGAAAAAAAAUGAAAAAACUAAUUGUGUUCUGGGGCUCCUGUCGCUUGCUCGAAGUCGAAGGAUUAGAUUUGGGUUUGUGUUUGGUUUUGGGAGAUUAGCUUCAGUUUCAUCAGGAGCAGCACCGAAAAGAUUACAAAUUUUAGCGAAUCAGAGAAAGGAGGAGAGAGCUCAGUGCGGUCAUUUAUACACAUAUACAUGCACAUGGAUGAAGUGAACAACAGAGAACUGACUCUUGUGACUAGAAAACCCUGUUUUGGUUUGCCAACUGCGUGCCCGUCAUGCUUGCCCAUUUACAUUUAUCUAAGAUUUGCGAAAGUUCCCUUUGAUUUGGAUUACAAUCUAAUUCACCCUGAUUCAGAUCAAAUUCCGUAUGUUGAGUCUGGUGUUUAUGUGGCCUAUAACAAUGAGAAGGGUGGAGUUAUUGAGAGCUUAAGAGAAGAUGGUAUUGUUGAUUUGGAUUCUGAAGUCCAUGCUAUUCCAGAAUGGUUAUCAAUGAAGGCAAUGAUCAAUUCAUGGCUUGCAGAUGCAAUAAUGUAUGAACUCUGGGUGGGUUCUGAUGGAAGUUCUGCACAUAAGAUUUAUUAUUCAGAUCUUCCAUGGCCAAUUGGAAAAUUUCUAUAUUUCAAGCAAACUUGCGUUGCAAAGCAACAACUUGGGAUAACAAAAGAAAAUGCUGAACGAAGAGAAGAAGAGAUUUACAGGAGAGCAACUAUUGCUUAUGGAUCCUUGUCAACUAGAUUGGGGGAACAGUCCUUUUUCUUUGAAGACAGGCCAACAAGUUUGGAUGCAAUUUUCCUUGGGCAUGUGCUUUUUACACUUCAAGCAUUACCUGAAACAUCAGUUCUGCGGAGCAAGCUCUUGGAGUAUAAUAAUCUUGUGCAGUAUGCUGAAAAACUUCAGAUGUCAUUCUUAGAAGCUGGUUCCUCCUCUUCUUCUAUCCCACGCGCUCGCUCAGAUCCAUCAUCAUCUGCACCAAAACGAGGUCCCUCAAAUUGGACAGGUUCAAAACCCAAGAGCAAACCUAAGAGGGAAAAGACGGAGGAAGAGAAAACCUUCAGAAGAAGAGCCAAAUACUUCUUAUUAGCACAGCUGGUAGCGGUCUUAGUCUUCUUGUCGCUCGUAAGUGGGUCUGAUGAUACUGAAGUAGAGCUUGACGACGAUGAUGAUAGUCUGAGUUACGAUGAUUAAAACAAACAUUUAUCAAUUGAGUUUAUUUCUUAAAUCCUUCUAGCUUUUCUUGGUUAUGGGCCAAGCCUAAUGAGAUUUCUUUUCCUUCUGCAUGUAAAUUUUGCAAAUUAUGCAUGCACAAAAAUUGAUUGGAUAUUAUUGUGAAAUAGAUCAAACUAUAUUUUGUGGGGGAAUAUCCAGUUUAUUAAAUAAAUGUCUUCUUUUACAUUUUUGGCUA